UAUAACCUCUCUCUCUCUCUCUCUCUUUUGUCUACAAAAAAUUACAACUUUUAUCUACACACAAGCGAAUUAAGAGAGAGAGAGAGAGAGAGAGAGAGAGAGGGGAAACAAUGUCUUCUCCAAGCAAGCGCCGCGAAAUGGACAUGAUGAAACUGAUGAUGAGUGAUUACAAGGUGGAGACGGUGAAUGAUGGGAUGCAGGAGUUCUUCGUCGAUUUCCAUGGCCCCAAAGAGAGUCUGUAUCAAGGAGGUUUGUGGAGGAUAAGAGUUGAACUACCUGAUGCUUAUCCAUACAAGUCCCCAUCCAUUGGCUUCGUGAACAAGAUUUUUCAUCCAAAUGUAGAUGAAAUGUCUGGCUCAGUUUGCUUGGAUGUCAUCAACCAAACUUGGAGCCCGAUGUUCGAUCUUGUGAAUGUUUUCGAAGUUUUCCUUCCGCAGCUCCUUCUAUACCCUAAUGCUUCCGACCCAUUGAACGGGGAGGCUGCGGCUUUGAUGAUACGUGAUCGGCCUGCUUAUGAACAGAAAGUUAAAGAGUAUUGCGAGAAAUACGCAAAGCCCGAGAACAUUGGUGCUGUUGAAGAGGAAAAAUUAAGUGACGAGGAGCUAAGCGAAGAUGAGUACGGAUUGAGUGAUGAAGAUGAGGUGGCCGGCAAAGCUGACCCCUGAAAAAGGGCGAUGAUAUUAACGGACUACUAUUACUAUGCACGGAUCAGAUACAGUGAUCAGAUUUAACAUAUCUUUUAUAAGUAGUAGUAGUAGUAACUCUGUUAAUAUCACCACUCAUUGUAAAAAAAAAAAAAAAAACUAAUAAAAUGUGAUCAAAUGAUCUUAUGUAUUUUGGUGUGCCAGUAACUGUUGCACCAAAAUUGUUGACUUGGUUGGGUCUAUGUUUUUCCAAUUGUGUCUGUCACUUUGUAAAUAACCGUGUCUUACAUUUUAUGCUGUUAAUUGACUCAAAAUUCUAUUGUUGUCCUGCAGUUUGUGGCAUUGUGUAUGGGUUAUUAA